AAGCGAAGAGAAGAGAGCAGUAGAGGAAUGUUGGAAGAGGAGAACGGAACGGACCCGCGGUUGCUGGCGAUAUCGGCGGCAAUCCGAGUGGUGCCGCACUUCCCCAAGCCAGGGAUCAUGUUCAACGAUAUCACGCCGCUGUUGCUCCGACCCAAGGCCUUCAAGGAUGCUAUUGAGAUCUUUGCUGAGCGGUAUCGUGGGAUGGGCAUCCAUGCUGUUGCUGGUAUUGAAGCCCGAGGAUUUAUGUUUGGUUCUCCACUUGCCAUUGCCAUCGGAGCAAAGUUCAUUCCACUGCACAAACCUGGAAAGCUACCAGGCAAAACAAUUUCAGAAGCCUAUGCGCUUGAGUAUGGUACUGACUGUUUGGAGAUGCAUGUUGAUGCUGUUCAACCUGGUGAGAAUGUGUUAAUCAUCGAUGAUCUGGUUGCAACUGGUGGGACACUUCGUGCUGCAAUAAGAGUACUAGAACGUGCUGGAGCAGAGGUUGUUGAAUGUGGAUGCAUCGUUGGGUUGCCUAAGUUCAAGGCUGGCUACAGGAUUAAUGGAAGGCCAGUAUAUAUGCUUGUGGAAGCCAUUAGUUAAACAUCAUAAGUAGUGCCUCAAACAUGUUUCCAGGAAAAGAGUAAUGUUGUUUUCCGGAGGGAGGAGUCUGCAAAGCCAAUGUAGCAAAGAAAGCUUUCAUUUCAUUGCUGAGGCAAGUAGAUGUAUCACAUCAUCAGAAAAACUAUAAAUGUACUAACUUUGUAAGAGAUUGAAUGAAUCAUUGUGAUAACAUAACAUUUUGGAGAUGAAUGUCUCUCUGAAUUGCAUAAAUUUUAUUCUUCCA